AUGGCGCGAAACUACAAACGUAAACUAAACUUAAAAGUGUUGUAUGGAACAAGCUCUAAAGAAGAUAUAAAAAAAGCUAUAGAAGAUCACAGUAAAGGCAUGAAUAUUCGAAAAGCUGCUGAUAAGCAUAAAGUCAAAAAAUCAACAUUGCAUGAUCACAUUAGAAAACCCACCUUAAAGAAGGUUGGAGGCCAGACAAUUAUAAGCAAAGCAGAUGAGGUACUCAUUGCUCAAAUGCUAGAAGCUGUUGCCGAUUGGGGCUUUCCUAUUGGAAGAUUAGAAGUCAGAAUGAUGGCUUUUGAUUUCCUCAAAAAUCGCAAUGGGUCAAACAGUUUUAAUUUGCAGAUACCUGGAAAUGACUGGUUAAAUUCUUUUAUGAAACGAAACAAUAUUUCUGGGAGAAAUGCUUCAAAUAUUAAACGAUCGAGAUCAAAGUUAGGAGUAGAAAUGAUAAAUAAUUUUUUUGAUGAAUUUGAAAGAACUUAUGAAUCUCUUGGUGGUAUUCAACCUUCAAACAUAUUUAACUUCGAUGAGACAAACCUUUCAGAUGAUCCUGGAAAAAAGUUUGUUUUAGUUCGAAGAGGAAGACGACGAGUGGAAAACGUUCAAGAACAUAGUAAAACUUCUAUAUCUCUUAUGUGGUGUGGCUCUGCUUCAGGAGUACUACAACCACCUAUGGUAGUUUAUAGAGCAUCGAACGUUUAUAAAGGUUGGGUAACAGGAGGGCCACAGGGAACAAUAUACUGUUGCACAAAAUCAGGUUGGUUUGAUAUGGAGACAUUUGCCAAGUGGUUUGAAAAAUGCUACUUGCCGAACGUUCAGAAUUUAAAUGGACCCAAGCUUCUUUUAGGAGAUAACUUGGCCUCUCAUUUUAAUCCAGACGUUAUUAAACUUGCUAAGGAGCAUAAUGUUUACUUUGCUAUGUUGCCACCAAAUGCCACACAUUUAAUGUAG